UCCGGCAGGGCUAAAGCGGAAGUAAGUACGUGGCCGGACCAGCUGACGUCUCUGCACGAUGGCGACUGAGGUUCAGAGCGGCGACCUCAACGGUGGAAGCGCGAGCCGUCUCGAAGUUUCCAUCGACGGCUUGACUCUCAGCCCGGACUCGGAGGGAGAAGCGGAUCAGGCGGACGCGCUCGGGCCGCACUCGUGCGAGCACAGCACCGCCGACCCGAGCGACACCAGCAGCCGGGACGACGGGGAGCAGGAUGCCGAGAAUUCCGUGGAGAGGAUCUGGGGCUUUCCGCUGGUGGAGCUUUACGGCCUAGCGCUCAGGUUCUUUAAAGAAAAAGAUGGGAAGGCCUUUCACCCGACAUAUGAGGAAAAGCUGCGUUUGGUGGCUCUUCAUAAGCAGGUGUCUCAGGGGCCCUACAAUCCCGACACCUCUCCUGAAGUGGGCUUCUUCGACGUGCUGGGAAAUGACCGCAGGAGAGAAUGGGCAGCGUUGGGGAACAUUGGAAAAGAAGAGUCCAUGGUGGAAUUCGUCAAGCUGUUAAAUAAAUGCUGUACAUUAUUCGCACCUUUUGUCGCAUCUCACAAGAUUGAGAAAGAGGAGCAAGAGAGGAAGAGGAUUGAGGAAGAGGAGCAGCGGCGUCGAGAGGAAGAGGAACGGGAACGUCUGAUGCAGGAGGAGGAGCGGCGCCGGAGGGAGGAGGAGGAGAGACUGAGGAGAGAAGAGGAACAGAGGAGGCAGGCUGAGGAGGAGAGACUCCGUGUGGAGCAGCAGAAGCAGCAGAUCAUGGCUGCGUUGAAUGCGCAGACCGCUGUGCAGUUCCAGCAGUAUGCAGCGCAGCAGUACCCGGACAGUCCCGAACAGCAGCUCAUCCUCAUCAGGCAGCUGCAGGAGCAGCACUACCAGCAGUACAUGCAACAGCUCUACCAGGUGCAGCUGGCACAGCAGCAGGCGGCUCUGCAGAAGCAGCAAGAGGACGCUAUAGUUCUCUCCAAGUUGGAGGCCAGUGAGACGUCGGCCUUCUCUCUCGGAGAGGAUGCUCCCACGGUGAACGGCCAGGCGGAGUCAUCUGUCGACAGCAUAGAUCGAGAGGCGGCAGAGCUGGAGCCUGCAGAGGAGGUCACAGAGAACGGCCCGACAGCAGACUCUCCCCCGGUGAUAGCAGCCCCCUCUAUGUGGACGCGGCCGCAGAUUAAAGACUUUAAGGAGAAGAUACGCCAGGACGUUGACUCCGUCAUCACCGUAGGCCGAGGGGAAGUGGUCACAGUCAGGGUCCCCACUCACGAGGAGGGCUCCUACCUUUUCUGGGAAUUUGCCACCGAUCACUAUGACAUCGGGUUCGGUGUCUUCUUCGAAUGGACUGACUCCACCAACGCCUCGGUCAGCGUGCACGUCAGCGAGUCCAGCGACGAAGAUGAGGAUGAGGAAGAGCCUCAGAGCGAGGAGGAAAAGGCCAAGAAAGAGGCAGGGAAACCUCAGGUGGAUGAGAUCGUGCCGGUUUACCGGCGGGACUGCCAUGAGGAGGUGUAUGCAGGGAGUCACCAGUACCCCGGGCGUGGCAUCUACCUACUCAAAUUUGACAACUCGUACUCCCUUUGGAGGUCAAAGAGUGUCUAUUACAGAGUCUACUACACCAGAUAAGCCUGGGGUCAAGACUGUGGAGCAAGAGUGUGUCUGUGCGCGCGCGUGUGAGUGUGCAUGUGUGUAUGGGGUGCGUCUAAUGCUGUUCAAGUUUAAGAGGAUUGGCAACUGAUGUAUCCUCUGUUUUGCACUCUGAAAGGCGUGCUCUAGGAUUCUGUGCUUGUUGAUAGUAUUGUCUUCUGUUCACAGUGUGAUUUCUCCUCAGCCUCCAUGUCCUCAUGUCAUCCAAACAGGUGCUUCGGCCACUUACGAGAGCUGUACGUGUUCAGAAAAAGAAAAUUGACCAUUUUACUUUAAUAUGUUCAGAUAAACUGUUUAUGAAGUAUGACUAAAAAGUAGGGAAGUCUUGGGUGGAGAAUAAUUGUUGCUGCUUUUCUGGCUUUUUUUUUUUUUUUGGGGGGGGGGGGGGCCCUGGACCUAGUGCGUUUAUUUCCAAUAACUUAGUCAAUGUUAAUCCCGCCACCGGUAUGGCAGGAUUCUUACUGGAAAUUGUUUAUUAAAGCAGAAUUCAAUUUGUCGCUGCGUAUAUUUUGAAGAAGGAAGUCUGUUAUCUUAUCAGUGAGAAAAAGGUCUGUUUCAUUAUCUUUUUAUAUUUUAACAAAUUUCUGACUAGUCAUGUGCUACAUUACUGAAAAUGUAAAUUGAUGAUGGUGAUGGUGAUCCUGUUUAAUCUGGAACAAUAUAUAACUUUACCAAAUACAUUUAGCUAAUUAGAUUUUAAAAAAUGUGUACCUUGAUUACAAACUUUUUAUUACACAAAAGGAAUUCGUCCUGGUGAAGCCUUACAUAAUGGACAUGUUAGAAGUGUAAUACAAGCAGCGUUGAAGUCAAACCGGGACACUUAAUUGUGCGGAACAACAAAAGAGUUAUGGGAGUAAAAACUCCCUUUAUUUCUGUAUAUGAUCCUGUUACACUAAUGCCUUUAUUCCAGCAUUUCACUGCUUGGAUACCAUCAAGGUAGAAAGUUUUCUCAGUAUGCCGGAGCCAUGAUCGGACUGAGAUCAGGCCUCCCAGGAAUUCCUUUAACGCCCCAUACAUGUGGAAUAACUCCUAGAUGAGUUCCUGUCAUGUGUUAAUGAAUGAUUGUCUGCUGUUCCCACAGACAUAUGUGUCUCUUCCGUAAGUUAGCUACAUGUUAUGCCAGUUAGCUGCACUCAGUUCUACACCUUCAUUCACAAGACAUUUAAUUUUACAAGUUCUGGUUUGAUUUGAACGCCCCUUGUACAGUACACGCACGGACGUUAAUGCACCAGUCCAUUUUUAAGAAUAGUGCUAGUCUUCAUGUAGGAUUCUUUAACUUCUAAUGCUUCUUUUGCUGCCAUCAUCAUCAUCAUCAUGUGAAUUCAUUUUAGUGGAUAUAAAAGUACAAUCUGGCCUUUCUAAACACUGGUCCAAGGCGUUGUAGAAAAGCAGCAAGUCCUCUUUUAGGUGAUCACUGGAAUAUCCUAGCCAGCUGUCUACAUCUGUAAUAAUCAUAAUAGUGCUUCAUAAAUCAGCGUAGAGUACAGAGGUUUGUUCCAGCAACAUGAUGCAACCGGGGGCUACAAGAAACGAGUAAUACAUGACUUUUCUACUGAUAGAAGGUUAAGGAUUAUGAGGAUCAGGAUUGAAGUGGUGGAGCCCUUGCAGAAAAAGAGAUUUGUUUUGCAGAAAUUUGCUAAAGUGUGUAAAAGCAUUUAAUAAAUAUUUAUUAACCCAACUAGUAAGUUAGGGUUCUCUAUGUCUGUUGUAUUACAUAUAUCUCAUCUCCCUGCUUUUCAAUGAGCUUUUUCAUCUCAACUGAACUGUCAUAGUUGAGUUUAUUUUGGGUUCUGGAUUUACUGAUUUAUAAUUUUUACUUUUUUUUUCUCUUCUUUUGUGGCAUAACUUGCUGUUCAAACACUUCUUGGCUUUUGUCGCUGUUACGUUUUUAUGUAUGUAGUUAUAGACAGCCACAUUACAACACAAAAUAUAAGUAAAUUCAUCAUCUUAUAUACAGUAUGUUCCACAGACACUUCGUUAUUUUUAUUAUGAACUGUGUGUGUGUGUGGGUGUGACGUCACAUUACUAGGUCUGCCAGACUAAUUACCGAAAGCAGCAGCUGAUUCUAUGAGCGCUUUUUUUUUAGUUGCUGCCAUUUACAGUGAACACGACCGUUACAUGCUCUGCUCUGAGCUUACCGUCUGAAGAAGGCUACUUUAACUAUAACAUAAACAUUCAAAUAUUCAUCACUGGUUGUUGGAUGGCAUUACUACAACAUGUACGGUUGAAACAUGAAAUGUGAGUUUGUGUUUUUUAUUUUUUUUUUAUUUGUUUUUUUCCCCCUUCUCCCCCUAGACUAAAAGGUCUAUUAUCCUAAAAAAAAAAAAGAAAAAGUAAUGAUUGUGCAGAGCGGUGAGGACGAGAGCCUGACACCCACGGCAGCCCAACACCAUCAUUACACUUAACAGUGAAAUGUGUACAGGUUUUUUCUUUUUGUUUGUUUGUUUGUUUUCCCCUGGUGAUUUAUUUUUAAUGUAUUAAUAAUAAGUCUGGUCUUUGUAAAAGUGGAGCGUAACUGAGGGCUUGAUUUUGGACUAAGGACUUAAGAUGAAAAGAAAUAGAAAUGUGGUGGUGAAUAUCAUAUUGUACAUUUUUCUCCCAUUUGCAAAGUGAAAAUCAAUGUAAAUUUCAUACCAUGUACACAUAGAGUAACUUUUUUGUUUUUCUUUGGCAUUGAUUUGACAUGAAUGAGUUCAGGGAUCACUUUCCCUGAGAAUUAUAUUUAAUAUUGAUUAAACCAAGUUCAUCUAUA